AUGAAUUUUGUUCAAGACAUGAAUAUGGAACACUCAGGGCUACCCCACGAGACUGAUAAGCUAGGACAGUCAUACUCCGUACAGCAGAAACGACAUUUUUCGUACGAGAUUGAUAUGGGAGACCCAGGUAUAGCGAAACGUCGUGCAGCGUGGAAACCCACUUACAAAUCAACAACGUCAGCUUUGCCUGCCGGAAGCUUUAGAAUGCCUUCAACAUCUCCAGCGGCGCAGCAACCAGUGCCGCAGGUCUCGGGAGUUUCGUCCUACCGCGAGUCGUCGCCUUCCUAUCUUCCUACAACUUCGUACGCCAACCUGGACCAGGCAGCAGCGGUAAAUGACAACGGCAGUAUCGCCUUGCCUGAGUCCUGCAGAAAUUCCAGCAGCACUAGCAGCAUGGGGAAUGCAAGGGUAUCGAAGAGUUAUCGUCAGCAUCAUUUAAGAUCAAAAAGCAUACAAUACAGUUCAGACCCUGCAUACGACCCCAAAUCUAACACAUUUACUCGUGGAAGUGACAACUACCACGAGUCACAGCAUUCUGAAUACAGAAAUAACACCCAAGCUGAUGGCACAGGAAAUAACAAUGAACCCAGCAACGACAAUAGCAGCAAUAACGGCAACAGCGAUAAAAAUCAUAAAGACGAAAACAUUGAAAACAGCAGAAGUGAAAGCAACAAUAAUGAUAAUAAUAACAACCCUAACGACAAUUCGCAAUCAGUUACUCAGAAUUCGAGCCAAACGAGUCAGGCACUCGUACAGAAGUUGCAGGACAUUUAUCGUAGCAUCGUCAAACAAGAAGUUGAACUUCAAGAACGAUGCUCGCAACUUACAUUUUCGCAAACUACGGACGUCAAAAAUCUGUGGGCGAUAUACAAGGUAAACGCGGAACUCAUCAAUAACUAUGUGACGUUCAUAACCACCGCACUACUUCCAAGCCAGCCAGAGCGUGAUUCGCUCAUAGGUCAAGAAAUUGUGAACAUUUAUCGUAUUGAACGCAGACUAUGGGUUAAUGGGACAAUCACUUUUCUUGACGUUUUGAAAAACUUCUCAAAUUUCAUGGACCCAGAAGUUUGCUGUCAAUUCAUCACCCAUGUCUUCAAUUCAAUCUCCAACAUGCUAUAUGACAUGCCUCCAAAGCACGCGAUUCCAUGGCUCGAGAGACUAGGCGAUCUUUCGAGAAUGGCUAUUGCACUGUACCCAUCAGGAGUCAUCGACUGGAAGUUAAGUUCUGAGCAUUGGUAUAGUCAGGCUCUUGCAUGCAUCUAUGGGCACGGUAAGUUAUAUUAUCAUAUGUCCACAGUCCAACAAAACACAUUGGAGGCCUUUGUCAACCUGGGCAAAAGCGUUUUUUGCCGUGACACUUUUAUCCCUUCGCAGCAGUAUAUGCAGCUUGUCAUUGACAACAUAUAUCAGCGUGCAUUUGCCGAGAGAAAUGUGGGCAACCAGAGGAACUCUUUAAUGGUGGACUAUCUUAAGCAUAGUGAAGUGAUGCUGCUGUCGAGCUUUCUCGAAAGCCCUGAUUUACAAAAGGUUGUACUCACCUUUUUUCAACACAAAUUCGGCCUUUCUUCUGGCUCCAAGGAUUUUUUCAGUCAUCGCACCAUGUUUUUGCAGGACGGAGAACGCAUAAAAUAUUUUUUCAGGCAUGCUCCGCUCUUUGCCGAGUCACAUAUUUUACAGAUGGUGGGGUUUGGAGAUCCCAAGAAUCCUUUUGCGCUUCUAUUCGAAUUACCAAAGUAUUUGAAGGAAAGGAAAGAGCGGAAAGAAAGAAGAAAAUCCAAAGGUUCUGGCGCUGUAGACCCCCCAAAUAUGAGCAACCCUCGGGAGUUUUUGGAGACAGUGGACUCCCCUAGAUAUGCCUAUGUGUUUCCAGAAGACAUCGAAAUAUGGAAAGAGGCAUUGAAUCAUAUGAAUUUGACCUCGAUGCGGUGUAGUGCGAUUCUACUAAGGAAUUUUCUGCACGGUCCUAUGGUUGUUGGGGUUGUACAUCUUUUACCAUGGGCAUACUUUCUUCUUUCUCUAGCAGUAAAAAUCGAAACAUUGCAGAGUGAGGCGUUAAGAACGUUUUGGUCAUUUUUGGUGAGACUUGUGUUCCCAUGGGAAAGCAUAAUCAAUUUUUUAAACAUGCUCAUUGCAUUCGCUCUCGACAAUGUUUCGAAGACUUCGCCGAUCGACACUCUAUGUGAGCAGUAUGACAGUGUGGAUGUUGACGCUCUGGUCGAUCAUUUCAGUAACAAUGAAGGCCUGCCGGAGGUAUGGAAGUGUUGGGGUACAUUAUGGUUCGACGUUCUCUCGAAGAAAUCCGAAGUCAGUAAUGACGGUUUCCAGCAUACGAGCAUAAAAGAUUCCUCACUUUUGGAUGGACCCGCGGAUGGUAUAGGUUUUGAUCAAGACGAUGAAACCGGUGAAAAGUUUUGGAAACGCGCCUGCCGUCUAAUUUUCAUUUUCAAGGGAAUAGCGGAAAAAUACAAGCUAGGACUUUGCUUAUCGACUGUUCCUGUUCCUUCAAGACGUCCCUUGAUAGUAGGUCAUCCACUACAAAACUUUUCCUUUAAGUACAGGGAGAAUGGAGUUUACUCAGAAGACCUAGGAUACUUAGCAGAUGUCCUCGCAUACUUUGAGGAUAUCAGUGUAAGGAAUCUGUCUUUUGAUGCCACUCCAGGGCUCAGUAUGCUAGAAUUCGAAAGUAUAUUCGAUUUUCCAGGCUACAGGCAACUUCAUCCAGACUACACCUGUUUCAAUAAAUCAGGUGGGCUUAUUACAUGCUCUUUGUACACAUCAGGAAACUUGGAGAAGGGAGCAAUCCAAGGAGGAGACGAUUUCAACACAGUGCGGUACAACGGACAAGAUGACCCCACAAACUCCAACGAGUCACAGACGAACGAGCUCGACAAGCUAGAGAGAGAAUGGCUUGAUACAUGUAUGGAUCCGGAAUUCAUGGAGCAGACCUUCAACAACAAGUUUCCCUAUGGAGACUUGUCUUGCCAUUGUGACAGUGGAGUUUCUUAUUUUGUACUGGACGCAACAUCAUGGUUACGCCAUUUCGCUCAUGUCCACAAGUUGGCAACGAGCGGACUACUUCGCUUUGCGAUUUGUUUGACCACAUUUCAGGAACUUCGUUUCUUGAGGAAGUCAAAAGAUGAAAGCGUUGUAGAAGCAGCUACUCGUGCUGUCAUUACAGUAAGACAGCUAUACGGUGAAAAAAAGCUACUCCCCUUACGCUUCACUGGAAAUGUUGCUACACACUUGGAGGAGCAUUUAGAAUUCGAAGAACAGAUUACUUGGCGCUCCCACGUUGACGAAUUUGUCAUUGAGGCUGUUUACAAAGCUCAGAAAAAAUUCGAGAACCUCAACAAUGAAUCAAAAGAGGCACGUCAAAACUACAUUGUGACAACCGAAGAUGAACCAUUUCAUUUCGUAGCUUUAGUGAGUGAUGACACUAACAUGCGGCUCAAAGCACACUCCCAAAACAUAAGAACCUUCAGCAGCAGGUUCAUGUUUGCAGUGUGCAACCAAUUCGGACUAGCACGACAUGCGUGCACAAAUUGA